AUGUCCGUCGAACAAGAUUCGUCGUUUUUUCGUUUACCUCCAGAAGUCGUUUUUUAUAUUUUUCGUCAUCUCGAUGCACAAACUAUUGUCCGUUCAGUUCGUCUUGUCUGCAAGCAAUUUUCUACAUUUGUGAAUACGUACGAUCAAUUCAAUCUUCACCUCAAUUCAAUAUCAAAGCCAGAGUUUCAUUAUCUCUGUAAUUUAAUUCGACCAAAUCAAGUCAAAUCUUUGACAUUAUCGAAUGAUGCUGAAACGCCCGGUCAAAUUGAAUAUUUUCUUUCAUGCUUUCGUUUAAAACAAUACACACAAUUGCGUUCACUUACUCUUCUGGAAAUUGACCAAUGUUACUUACAUGUCAUUUUAAAAGACGUUCUAAAUAUGCGACUCGAGAAAUUAAUCAUUAUUUCAAAAGAAGAUUUAUCUACCGAUGAUGCAAUUGCAAAUGAUUUAUCUAUGGUCACAUCCUUACCCACUCUUUGGAAAUUUUGUUUAGAUGUGAUGACUCUUGAUGCGUCUCGAAUAACAUUGUCUCCUUUGUCAAUGAUACAACAUCUGGAAAUUCAUUGUCAAAGUGUUAGUGCAUACUGUGAAAUACUCCAUCGUUUACCUCACUUACAAAUACUAGUGGUUGAACAACUGCUAGCAAUUAACUCAAUUAAUUCAAUACCUGAUUUAAAACCUGCUUGCCAAUUGUCUUCAUUGACAUUUAAAUAUAGUAGUAUAAAUAUGAAUACACUUCAAGCUCUUCUUUUGUUAACUCCGACGCUAAAUCAUCUUUAUUUAUUGCGUUGUGUUAAUUUACACGAUUUUAUACUACAUAUAUCCGAGUGGCAAUUGCUAGUGGAAAGUACUCUAUCUCUUCUGAUCAAAUUCGAGUUUUUUCUCGUGGAAACAGGACAAUUAUUUUUUCCAAGCGUGGAGCACGUGAUUGCACCGUUUCAAACACCUUUCUGGACAGAAGUCAAACGUUGGUAUGCUAUAUGUGACUAUACAACGCACCCACUAUCUCUAAUAGUUCAUUCACCCUCUGCACACGAUCCUAAAUUUGAAUACAUCUUCUAUUCGAAGCACAUUUCUCGUUCAACUUCAACGCCAAUCAUCAGCAAUGUACCCAUUAUGAACCACAUACGCAUCUUGCGUUUGGAUUUAUCCACAGGAAUACCAGCCGGUCUACCAUAUACGUCAGUCUUUCCAAAUAUAGAAUGGCUCAUAUUACAAUUGCCCGAUAUUUGGCCGCCAGGUUCGCUUCGGUCCCUCUCCACUCUGAUCAACCUACCAAGUGUAACUAAAUUAACAUUAGAAAUGACUGGCUCAUCAGAACAUCCUCUCAAGAUGCUCCACUAUGAUGUCGCUUUACUUCUGAAACUAGCGCAUAAUACGUAUGUUCAGAAAUCCCCGAAAACGUAA